AUGAUGGCAGUGCCUGAACUGCAAGGGGAGCCAGAGUACAUAUCCAAAGAGAAAGCACGAAUCGCUGCAUCUCAGGUGAAUGGGCAUGUACUGGUGGAGGACACCUGCUUAUGUUUUAAUGCGCUCAAAGGCCUACCAGGACCCUACAUAAAGUGGUUUCUUGAGAAGAUUGGGCAUGAAGGUUUAAAUAAUCUGUUAAACUCUUAUGAAGAUAAAUCAGUGUUCGCUAUGUGCAUCUUCUCUCUUGCUCUUGGACAUGGAGAGGAACCAAUCACAUUUGUUGGCAAAACUGCGGGAAAGAUCGUGCCUGCUAGAGGCCCUAACGAUUUUGGGUGGGAUCCUGUGUUCCAGCCAGAUGGUUUUGAACAAACAUAUGCUGAGAUGCCCAAGUCAGUGAAGAACCAAAUAUCUCAUAGAGGGAAAGCUCUUGCUCUGGUGAAAGAACACUUCGCAUCUGCUAGCUAUACAGUUCAGAGCGACGACUCAGCUUAAAGUUUGACUUGGAUUCCUAGACAAAUGAACUGUCAUUCUAGAAUGUAAACUGAACUACUACUUUUAGUGCAUACUUGUCUAGUGCCCUAUUAUACUUGCGAGUUGCGACAUUUCUUCACUGGGUCAACACUAGAAUCACAAACAGGAUAAAUAGAUUACACAACACCCUUCACCAGUAUCAAUGUCGAUAAGCCAAACGUACACAAGAUUUUCACACGGAGAGAUACUACACACUAUCUGCAUUUGAGUAGCUGCAGAAUACACCAAAGAAUCGUUGCCUA